UAAACACUGGAUAAUCGUUUAUGUUUACAUUUGAGGAUAAAUGCUUCUAGUUCACGACACGUUGAAAGAAAAGGAAGUCAAUUUGACCUUUAUUAAUAACGAAAGAUUUCAGGCAGCGGCAUAUUAAGGAGGUCAAUGAGGGGAUAAGAUUACUACAAAUAAAAGGAGCAUUAUGGACGGGAAACUCUCUGUAAAUGACCAGAAACAAUUGGAGGAUUGGAUAGAACUUGGUCCCCGGCGGUUCGCCCUACUCUAUAGCAUCACACGAGAUGGUUGCUCCUCAUUUGCAUUCCACCAACGGUGUGACUACCAGGGUCCAACAGUCACCGUCUUAUACAACGAACAAGGCUCCGUCUAUGGUGGUUACACCUCGGCCAGUUGGUCAGGAAUCAAUGCCUCAACAAGAGACGACAGGGCAUUUCUGUUCCAGCUUAGAUAUUCUGGCGACCAUGCAGUUAGAAAAUUCUCUACAAAGAAUGCUUCUUACAGUAUAUAUUGUAGUUCAACGAAUGGGCCAAUGUUUGGUGGAAAUACAGGAUAUGAUCUGGACUGUUUCUCUGGCACCAUUAAACCAUCUGGUGAAUAUUUCAAACUAAACGGACGCUCUACCUUUGGAUCCAAUUACUCCAUGCUAGGAGUGUCAUCAUGGAAUGAUAUCAACAAUGGAAAUUUACAAGUUACAGGUUUAGAGGUAUAUAGCGUUGGAGUUCAGCCAUCAAGAACCACAAGCGUAUCAGUAGGAACAGAUGACAAGGAGCCGUCACCAUGGGGACAGCAACAGGAGUUCAACGAGGAGCUAAAACAGGAACUGUUGCAAGAAAUAGCGUCGUUGAAGCCAUGUCCUGAACUAGAACUCAAGGAUUACAGGGUGUUGCUUGUCGGUCCUGUAGGAGCUGGAAAAUCAAGUUUUGUCAACACCGUGUACUCCGCAUUUAAAGGCAGAAUUGUUCAGAGAGCGGCCUGUGGCGAACAAGGACAUAGCUUUACAAAAUGUUACCAGACCUUCCCUGUGCCUACAAAGAAGAAUGGUUCGCUCCAUAUCCGCCUGUGUGACACUCGAGGUCUGGAGCCAGAUCUGGGAAUCAACAUUAAAGAGUUUGACUACCUAAUUAAAAGUUAUGUAUCAUAUUUAUAUUCAUGUAUCGCAUUUAUAUUUUACAGUCAAUUAAAUUUCAGUUUCAUGCGGAGCCUUCCGUCUCUGCUAUUUUCGAAGAAGCCGAGCUUAGCGGACAAGGUUCAUUGUGUGGUAUUUGUCAUUGAUGCGUCAACUUUGGAUACACUCACCUCAGCUGUGGUGAACAAAAUGAAGGAGUUCGUAGAACUUGCUGCUAGAGAUAACAUAAAACAAGCUAUGCUGAUUACGAAGGUGGAUGUUAUUGACUACUACGUGAAAGAAAGUCCACUGCAUGCAUUGAAUAGCAAAAAGGUAGAAGACGCUGUUUCUAAAGCUUCUAAAAUGUUUGGCUUUCCGAGGUACAGUAUUCUGCCUGUUAAGAAUUAUGAGGAAGAGGCGGAGGUACGAGAAGAAGUGGAUAUUUUGGCUCUUCUUGCUUUGCGCAAAUUAUUGCACUUCGCAGAGGACUAUAUGGAUGGCAUUUUGAACGACAGGGGCAUUUUCCGGAACAUUUCAUCUUCUCUGAGUGCGAUUAAUUGGCACUGGAGACUGAAGCUGCAUCAGGAUCUGCCUGACCUUGAGAAGCACUCUGACUCUGAUUGAAAUGAUGCUAUAUAUAUAUCUGCCUGACCCUGAGGGGAACUCUGACUCUGAUUGAAAUGAUACUAUGUUCCAUCGUUUUGAUCGCCAUGCAUUAUAACUUAUUAUAAUUAUUUAUUGAAUUCCUUGAAACUUGUAUUGAAAUAGUCCUGAGGUAAACAGGAACAAUCGUAAGGAUGUUGUUUAAAGUUUAUACUAUUGGCACUGAUACAGCAAUUGACACUUGACCUGCGAAGAGGAAUGAUGUUAUUAUCAAUCCUUGAUAAACACACCUAGUUUUUUUACAGUAUAUAAUUAUGCACUGUGUUGUUUGUGGAGUUUUGUGCAGUUGUUCCAUCUUUCUUGGUUGUUAUUUUUUUUGUGUUCUAUGUCUUUGGUGUUUACCCUGUGCCAUUAAACGGGGUUUAUGUUUAAACGUUUGGCUACUGAGCCUGUACUUUUUCAUAUAUAUAUUGAAAAAAGGAGACAUGAAUAUUUCCUACUUAUGAAGGUCAAUCAUUAAACUCGCACAAUUCAUAAAGAAAGUACGCGAAUGAAUCAUCGAAGAGGACUCGUGUAUGCGGUUUAAUAUGUUUGCGGGAAACAGAAAAAAGCAGAACAUGAAGUUAAGAUUUAUUUUAUCAUUACAGCAGUAACAUUUUUGUUUCAUUUUAAUAGUAGUCGAUGCAACAUAAGUAGCUGUUAAGCGGAUCACAUAUUUUAUUGCGGUAUUUAUGCUUUAAAAUACGUUUGACUAUUCCUAAUAAUAUAUUUAUAACGGUAUUUUUGGAAAGCAAUCCUUAUGAAAAAAAGUAAAGCAAGCAUAUAUUUACUUGAUGCAUAUUCUUGGCAGCUGUGUUUCUUAUCGACCACGACAUAAGUCAGUAUCCUGCUAAACUUGUCGAGAUUUGAAGAAAUCCAGUAAAUCAUUUAAGUAGUAGGAACAAAGAAUCGGUGAUAAGCUCUCUGCCAUAAACCAAGGUUACUCACAAAGAAAUGUGACACAAAACAUAAUGAGGGAGUUAAAAUUGAAUAUUUUUAGACAACAUAAUUCACUACUUAGAUAUCCUGGUUUUGUUAUUCGCAGACGAAUUAUUACUAGGUGUUCAUGCAUUUUCAUUCAUAAUAUAUUCAUUUGUACCUGUUCUAUAUCAUUUCUUAUGUCUAUUUGUAUUGACAUUCAACAAUGUGAAUACUUUAGUGAAAUAAUGGCAGCAUGUAUUUCAGUAUAAUAUUAAUUUGUCUGUGUGCACUUAUGAAUGUCUUAUGUCCAAUGUCGUGCUAGCACAACAUUCAUUUUUGAGAUCCCAAUGACAUGUCGUGCCAGCACGACAUUCAUUUUUUAAUGUCCAAUGUCCAAUGUCUUGCUAGCAUAACAUCCGAUUAUAAAUAUCCAAUGCCGUGCUAGCGUGACAUUCAGUUUUGAAAUCCUGUCCAAUGUCCAAUGUCGUAUGUUUAGCUAACUUCACACAGCUAAUAAUAAACUAUAAGACUGAAUAGCAGAGAAGUUUUUCUCAACAAACCGGAAAUAGAAAAAUUGACAGCAAUAAUAUUGCGUGAGGAGUACCCCAAGGGUAGCUUCGUAAAUUACACCCAAUUCAAAAAGGGGGUUAUUAAAAAUAAAUUAAAAAAACUAAUAAAAUUCGUGAUCAUAGAAAAAUAUAUACUGUAGAAUUCUUUUUCUUUUUGGAACUGCUAAAGUAUAACAGUCCGUUUAUUAGAUAAUAAAAGCAACAAUGUCACAGGUAAUAAAGUAAUACAUAGACAAAGAUUUAAAAAAAAUAUAUACACUCAAAGUAUCUAUUGAAUGUACUUAAGGUUUUUUAUAAAGUCAUUUAGGAAUCGGUAAUUGACAUUUUGUAUUCGUAGGUAUGUUUCUAAAGCAAUCAGAUCGUAAUAUAAAUAAGACAAUAUGUUUAUGGGCUUCAUUCUCCGGUCGCAUAUGAAGUAUGUUUUAUAAAUACAGUAACAUAUUUGACUUAAAACAAUAUUCACACAGUUGUAUUCUUUUUGGUGUAUCUUAUAUCCUAUUACAAUAUAUUUGAUAUCAUUAAACAUUUUCUUUAUACCACAUUUUUUAAAUAAGGCAUUUAUCGUCGACCAAACAUUUGAUAAUGAAGAACAAUGGAUAAAAAAAUGUUGAUAAUCUUCAACUUCCUUGCAACACAUACACAGGGGACUGUCUCUCAAUUUCCAUGUAAAUAAAUUUAAGUUAGUCGCCACUAAAUUAUUUAAUAAUUUAAUUUUGAAUUGUUUAACUUUGUUGUCAACGAUAGAUUCAUGAACUAUAUAAUACCAUGAUUUCCACUCGAUACUUUCUUGUACACGUUUAUUCCAGUAUCUAUGGAUAUACGGUGUUUCGAAAAUUUGCCGGACAAAGAGCUGAUAUAUUUCCUUGUUUGUCAUUUCGUUAAUUAGUUUGUUCCCAAACCUUAUUAAAAGUUUUGAAUUGACAUUAGUAUUUAUUGAUUCAUUUGAU